AUGUCCACCCCAUAUCCCGGCCAAAAAAGUGCACUCAAUGUAGUGAUGGGGGCGAUGACGUUUGGUGAAGAAGGGACAGAAGGGGCAAGGGUGUAUGACCUGAAGGAUGUUGAAGCAAUCUUGGACGUCUUCCAAGCGCACGGCCAUCUUGAGAUCGACACCGCCCGUACCUACGCGGGCGGUACGAGUGAGCAGUACCUCGGGAAGAUCGAUUGGAGGAAGCGAGGAUUACUGAUCGAAACGAAGCUGUAUCCUUUCGCUUCCAAUGCACGGCUCCAGGCUAUAGGGGUUGAGCUUAUCUCGCAUUCACCAGAGGACCUCCGCAAGUACCUCGAAAUAUCUAUGAAAACACUCAACACAGACCAGCUCGAGAUGUGGUAUCUUCACGGACCUGACCGCGCCACGCCGUACGAAGUGACGUUGAAAGCCGUCGACGAACUUUACAGAGAAGGAAAAUUCAGGAGAUUCGGGAUUAGCAACUACAUGUCAUGGGAAGUGGCUGAAAUGGUACAGAUUUGCAAGGCAAACGGCUACAUACAGCCCACCGCGUACCAGGGCAUCUAUAAUGCAAUUCAUAGGAAGGUAGAGCCGGAACUCUUCCCGUGCCUCAGAAAAUACGGGAUCAGUUUCUAUGAGUUCAAUCCACUGGGCGGUGGGUUCUUCACUGGCCGGUAUCAUUCUACAGAUAAGGUAGAAGCCGGGUCCAGAUUUGAUCCUGAGAAUAACAUGGGCAAGUACUACCGCUCUCGCUACUGGAAUGAGCCCUACUUCAAAGCACUCGCUGCGAUUGAAGAGGUUGCCAAGGCGCACGACUUGACAACGGCAGAAAUUGCGUUGCGCUGGAUCUCGCACCACAGCCUCAUGAAGCGCGAGUAUGGUGAUGCGGUUCUGAUUGGUGCUUCGAGCUUGAAGCACAUCAAGCAGAAUAUGAUAGAUCUUGAGAAGGGUCCUCUGCCGGAGGAGGUCUUGUCGGUGCUGGAUGAAGCAUGGCUCUCUGUGUUGCCUUACGCAACUAAUUACUUCCAUUAA